GUUUUUGAUGAAUGAGGGUCUUUCAGAGGACGCAUUCAGAGUGCGCGCACCUGCGUGAGACCAGCAGCGUCCGCAAUCUGCAACCUGCACCUGUAGUACAAGUGAGAAGCUGCUCCUUCGUCUGGAAAACGCCCGCGAGGACGCUUUCUAAAACGCCUCAUUUUAAAAAAUGACUGGGAUAUCUGCUGGAAUACAAACUACGAGGAGCUUGUCCCUCGCUGUGUCCUCUGAGCAGCCGUGACCAUCGUGUCCACGCGCCGUCCUCCACACUCACACACGUCUCUACUUGUUGUCCCCCCCUGCGAGAAACAUGUCCCCCAGAUUUCUGGCGUACGUCUUCCUCCUGUCCGUCCUUCAUAGCUGCUCUUUAACAAUCGAGUACGAAGAGGAGGACUACGAGGAUGUCACUGUGAACCAAAUGCUGGCUCCUAAAUCCCAGGAAACCGACGCCACGGAAAUACUCAACAAUUUACUGAAAGAAUAUGAUAAGAAGCUGCGGCCAGAUAUCGGAGGUAAACCAACUGUUAUAGAUGUUGAUAUAUUUGUGAACAGCAUUGGACCAGUGUCUUCAAUAAAUAUGGAAUACCAAAUAGACAUCAUCUUUGCCCAGACGUGGACAGACAGUCGUCUCAGAUACAACAGCACAAUGAAAAAAUUGACUUUGAACAGCAAUAUGGUUGGACUUAUUUGGCUACCAGAUACCAUCUUCAGAAACUCCAAGAGUGCCGAUUCCCACUGGAUUACAGUGCCUAACCAGCUGCUCCGAAUAUGGAACGAUGGGAAGAUACUUUACACCUUAAGACUGACAAUAAACGCAGAAUGCCAGCUGCAGCUGCACAACUUUCCAAUGGACGAACACUCCUGUCCGCUCGUCUUCUCCAGCUAUGGAUACCCACGAGAUGAGAUGAUUUACAGGUGGAGGAAGAACUCUGUGGAGGCAGCUGACCAAAAGUCCUGGCGUCUCUACCAGUUUGAUUUCAUGGGCCUGAGAAACACUACAGACAUAAUAAAGACUACAGCAGGUGACUAUGUGUUGAUGACAGUGUACUUUGACCUGAGCAGAAGAAUGGGCUACUUCACCAUCCAGACUUACAUCCCCUGCAUUCUCACCGUGGUCCUCUCCUGGGUGUCCUUCUGGAUCAAAAAAGACGCCACGCCAGCCAGAACGGCUUUAGGUAUAACCACAGUGCUGACUAUGACUACCCUCAGUAGUGUGGCCAGGACAUCUCUACCCAGAGUGUCUUAUGUCACUGCCAUGGACCUUUUUGUCACUGUCUGCUUCCUGUUUGUCUUUGCUGCUUUGAUGGAGUAUGCAACAUUAAAUUACUAUUCAUACAGUGCUCGAAGACCCAGCUGCAUGAAACCUAAAAGAAUGAACUAUUCAGUCCUGGAUGUGAGACCUCCACACACCAUCAUCACUCUAAACAACUCCAUGUACUGGCAGGACUUUGAGGACACUUGUGUCUACGAGUGUCUGGACGGAAAAGACUGCCAGAGCUUCUUCUGCUGCUUCGAGGAGUGUAAAGGCGGCGGCUGGAGAAAAGGUCGUGUCCACAUAGAUUUACUUGACCUGGACGCAUACUCGCGUGUCUUUUUUCCCACCUCCUUCUUGCUGUUUAACAUUGUUUACUGGGUAGGCUAUCUCUACCUUUAGCACACUGUUCUGCUGGUGACAGAAAAUGGACAGCACAGUUUGACAGAAAUCCAAGAUUAAUUAAAAGGUGACGCCAAAUAAACUCUUUCCUGUGCUGUCUGGAGCGGUUACCUGGAGACAAACAGACAGCGUGCAUCUGCAGGCCUGUGCCAAGCAGAGAUUUCUGCCUCUAUGACUUCAGGUAUGAUAAUAGGACACAUUACUGAUUCCCUUCAAUAUGCUGUACACAGAGGGAGGACAGGAUGGACUGUGUGCUAAUGACCAUCUAAAGGCAAAGAAGGAAAUGUGCUUUGCACUGCAACCCCUAACUUCUCAAUCAGGAGGAUGACUUGUGUUGUAGGGAAUGUACCGGCACGUAAUUAUCCAGACAUCAGUUCAAUCCAGUUGAUGAAAAUCCAAGGACGUUCAAACCAUUCUUAGUGCCUUCCUCUGGAGGGGUAGAUAAUAUCUGCUACAGUAAUCAGGGAAUAAUGAUUUAUAUAAAAUAGAAGAGCCUGGCUUUGACUGGUUAUGGCUGUUCUUAUUCAAAGCAUUGAGUUACAUUUAUAAAACAACCAUUUGUUGUAACAACAAGAUAAAAAAUGAUUAGGUUUUUAUCUCUUCAUACUGACUUUAGGCAUGACUCAUUCCUCCUGCUUGCAACACUACAGUGGCCCUCUACAGUAUAAGAAAUAAACUGGUUCCCAGGGAAGAGAGUGGUUUGAAUAAACCUUACAGCAGAAUGAAUACUGAUACAGUAUGUGCUUUGCUUUAUUGGCAUAAUUGUUUAUGUUAGUGGAUGUGAAGUCAAAGAUUUAAAUGCUUAUUUUAGACAGUGUGCUUGCAGGCACACAUCUCUCAUCGUUGGGAGAAGGCCCAGACCACCAACACUUUCAAUGACAUGUUUUUGAAAAUACCUUUGCUUUAAGGGAAUAGUUUUGGAUAAUUUAGGAAUCGGCUUUCUUACUAAGAGUGAGGAGAGAAACUUGAUACCACUCUCACGUCUGUAGCCUUCAGCAUGCUGAAUAGCAGCUACAGUCUGCAGCCGGUUAGCUUAGCCCCUGUUUUCAGCCUUUAUGCUAGUUAACAGCUAGCCUGGCCAUGUCUGAAGGUAAUAUAAUUGGCCUGCCACCUCUUUGGAUUUUGUACAUAUUAAACAACAUAUAAUGUGUUAUUUACAUUACAUUACAUUUAAUUUCUGCGAGUGAGUUUGUACCUGUGGACAUUUUCAGGCUAGCCAUUAGCCCCUGUUUCUUAUCCUUUAUGCUAAUGUGGCUGCUGCUGCAGCUUCGUAUUCAUCGUACUGGAUGGCCAAAUUAAAUAUAAUGGGUGUCAUUUGUACAUUACUGUAGGCACAAAUAUGAUAAUCCCACUCAUCAGGAUCACUCAUCUCUGUUCGGCCGUUGACUUUUAUUUGCAUGCAAUAGACAGUUAUAUAUUACCCUGAAGAAGUUAUAAUACAUUCUGGGAUAGAAUUAUGGUUUUAAUAAGGACUGUUUGUAUUCUAAUUUGAUUCUGUGUUUGUAUUUGGCAUUAGCAACCAUUGAAUUGCCUUAGUGUAGCCUGCCCAGAGCUGAGAUGAACACCAGAAUAGAUAUUUACCUCUUAUAAUAACCUCAUCAUGAGGAAGACCUCAUUUCAGCGAUGGUUACGUCUUUACCUUGGGCAGUAUACUUAAGCGGAACUUUUUAUAUCCCUCUGUUUUCUUUUUAUUAUAUAGGCUACAUAUGCCAAAUAUUUCACACAUGUGCCCAUUUAUGUUUUCAGGCACGUAUGAACAACACUAAUAUAUUUCAUUGCUGCACAAACAGUACAGUACGGUGGUGAAAUUCUUAUGACAUGAAAGAAAUAUAGUAUACAUAAAGUUGGCUUUUUAACUGUGGGGUAUUUAGCGAUGGCCAGGGUUGAUGCUGUGUUCACACUGUGGCAGUACGCAGUCGAUGGGAAACUGAACGGUCGUCAUUUCCAACCGGAGAAGAACAAUAAACUCCGCCAGCGCUGGUGGAAUGUGCCGCCUCGUGUGCCUGCAGAUAAACUGAUGCUGAGUGAAAACGGACGCAGCCACGUGUCGAAGCACCUGUGUGUCGCGUCUCAACCAACACAACGUACAGACAGCAGUUCAUCUUCUACAGCUGCAAAGAUUAACCCAUUAGUUGUCAAAUAUAAAAUUAUUCGCAAACUAGUUUGAUAAUCGUUUGAGUCCUUUUUUAUUACAAUUCUCUGAUUCCAGCUUCACAAAUUGGAAUAUUUUCUAGUUUCUUCAUAUCUCGAUGACAGUUAACUGAAUAUCUUUGAGUUUUGGAAAUAUUUGAGGACGUCAUGUUGGGUUUUGGGAAAAAAACUGAUCUGAUUUUCAAAACAACUAAUCAAUUAAUUGAGAAAAUACUCAACAGAUUAAUCAACUAUGAAAAUAAUUCGCUGGUUGCAGCAAUAGAAAUAAAAUGAAUAGAAAGCCAUUUUUGUGUACCAUUGUCAUGGUAACGUAUAAGCUUCCAAUAAUAAGCCGACUUCUGGCAAGGCGCGGAGCUGAGGUUUUGCACUGACAGACAACACCGGUGUCUGGGUUGCUUUUCUGCGUCGGGGACAGAGAAUGAGCCGAACAGCAGGCUGGGUCUAACGCUAGUGGUCCGCUGACCCUCUGCUGCUGGAUCCAACUGUCCCUCCUCACUCCCUGCAAGUCUGGAGAACGUCUCUUGAGCUGCAUUGGGCGGCUCUCUUCCAAGCAAGCUGCAACACACUGACGCGCAUUGUCUCUAUGUCAACUAACAACAAUCGCCAUUUCGUUGUGUAUCAAUCAAAGGACCACGGGAAACAGUUCGAUGGCCUUUCUGUCCCUUUUAUUUCUAUGGCUGCAGCCCUACUUUUUUGUUCUUUUCUUUGGCAAUGUAGUCAUUUUUUUAAUCCUACCUACUUCAUAAGAACUAAAAAUGUUAACAUGGUAUUUUAUUGGCCACAAUGUAAAUGCAAAAGUAUUGUUUUAUAAUCACGUGUAUGCUCAUUGAUUGAUUAAUUGAAUUACUCUGUGGAGCCCAGAGGUUGCAGUGUUCUAACUCCUUUCUGCUGACAGAUGAAGGGCGAUGCAAUAAGUUCUUCUGAGUGGUGCUAUGGUUUACAAUAACUGUCAUUAUCAUGUUAGAAUACAAUGUGAUUAAAGCUCAAAUAACAUACACUCUUUGUGGGGCAUUUUUGUCUUAACUGACUGAGAGAGGGGAGACAUAUCUAUACGACAGAGACCCCAGGUUGCACCGGGAUGCACCCAUUUGUUUUUCACCCAAGUUUGUAUUGGGAGAAUACAAACACAGGGCCCUGGCUGUUGAAAUCUCAGUGUUGACUCCCACUGUAUCAUCAGGCAAUAGUGUCUAAAACACAAAGCAGAAAGGGACACUUGAAAGUUCUGGCAUCGUUUAACGUAGUAGUAGUAGUAGUUGUAGUUGUAGUUGUAGUAGUUCUUUUGAAUAAGACUCAAAUGUAAGGUUGAGAGUUAUCGUGAACACUGCUCCAGAUGGUCUUUGAAAGUUCAUUAUUAUCACAUUUUCUGUAGGAUGUAUGGGAUUUACAUAGGACAAUAAUACCAUGGUUUAUGGUCUAAAAGAGUUAAAUAAAAACUGAUUUCCCACCGGCUGUCACCACCCCUCUCUACUGUACGUACCCUGUCAAAUUGGCUGUUGAUUUAGCGUCGUUUUGCCAACAUUUUUCUGUAUCAUCCUUCCAGACGCAGGGAAAGCAAAAGGGGUACACACUGGGCAGGGUUUAGGCUGGGAUUUGAUCCCAGGCCAGUAUGGACAUGUGUGUGGCUCCAGACUGAACUGUUGAACCAGGUCUGUGAUCCGUGUCAUCUGCGCCCAGGAUCAGCAGGACUUGUGCAGAUGGGGCAUCUGAGGGACAGACAUUUACACAUGAAAUGUAUCUGUCUGCCAAUAACGUGCUAUGUAAAUCCCUCGCAAAGAAAAGUUGUGUGUUUUUGUGAUUCGGAAAUCUUUGUCAUGUAAAUCUUCAGAGUCUUAGUGACGUUGUACAAUAACCUCAGUGCAAACACUGCAUUAAGUCUAAGCCACAUUCAGUAUUGUGAUGAAUAAGCCAAAGACGUGUUUGUGUUACUUUAUUCUCUGAUAGUUUGAAUCAUGUUGGAGGGAAUUGUUGUGUUUUGGGUUACGACUUCAGUUUUCAUGUAUUCAGUGCAGUGCUGUCAAGUGCCAUUGGACUGAAAACUAUGAGCGUACCAGAAAUGAUGAGCCUAGAAGCACUCUAAGAUGGUUUAAGUUAUUUGCCAAUUCAUCCACGGAUUGUAUUAUUUGUGGCAGAAAUCUCACUAACUGCUACUGUACGUGCUAAAGAGGAACUUGAAGAGUGUCUCUGCUGCUGUAUGCAGAGUGCAGCUUUUCACCAAACUUGUGCUAUCUGCAGUGUACUUCAACAGUGGUAAAUCAUAUUUUUGUUGACAUGUAUUAUCUCCUAUCUAACUUACUGUAUGCAUAAUACUCAACUUCUGUUUUGUGUUUUCAUAUUUGUGACUUCAGUGUGACAUACGGUAGAUAUCUCAUUACGCAAUGGUACAGUCAAGUGCACGUGUUGAGAUUGUACUC